CCAAAUCAAGGCAUAUUUGGAGCAACAUUGUACUUAGUGUCUAAAAAUCGUUGUCUUCCAAUGGGUGGGCAGGUAACCCAUACCACCUUACAAGAAGGAACCGUUCGCUGCCACUCCCUGAAGAAGAGCAUGUAUCCACAAGAUGCCCAAACCUCCUUGCCACUAUGUUUCCAUGCCAACACCAAAGGUUCUCAGAUCGUCAUAGACAAGAAGCAACGCAACGUACGCCGAAUCGGCAGCUUCUGUAAUGCCAUCACGUUCACCAACCGACCGCUCCGAAUCUAUGAACAGGUUCGGCUGAAGAUCACAAAAAGACAGGGUUGUUGGAGUGGCGCCCUGCGAGUGGGUUUCACUACAGUGAAUCCAUCUCAUCUAAUGUCAUCGUGGCUUCCACGUUUUGCCUGCCCUGAUCUUGUUAGCCAGAGAGGGUUUUGGGCCCGAGCAUUGCCCGAGGAACAUUGUGAGGAAGGAACCGUUCUGUCCUUCUGGUUGGACAACACUGGGCGAGCGUUCUACCGGGUGAACGAGGGUGCACCGAUCUUCUUCUUCAGCGGAGUACUAGCGGGAGAACCAGCAUGGGCCAUCAUUGACAUUUAUGGGUUGACACGUGGAGUACAGCUAAUCGACAGCAAGAUGGUGCCGGCUGAAUAUCUCCGUCCUGAAGGGAUGCAUGACUGGCGCCUGUCAAUCGACUGCUCUAAGCUUGACCAUCCGGACCAUCUGCCUUCACUCUCAAUGUCUCCAAACACCCUCAACUCGGUGCUGUCACCUCAGCUUCACGAUGACUUGCACUUCCAUGCCGUCCAUGGCAACGGUCUGCGGCUGCUAACCGAACACAUAGCGGUGCGUUACUACAGCAGACGUGACGAUUGCGCUCUUGCAUUCUCACACCGACCAUUGCGCUGUGGAGAAUGUGUGUUCUUAAAGGUCUCACUGAGGUCUCCAAAAGUGACACCUACCAUGAAGACAUUUUUGACUUAUGGAUUUACUUCUUGUAACCCGGCUCACAUUAAUCCGAAGAACCUGCCGGCCAAUCCUGAUGACCUGCUGGACCGCAAGGAAUUCUGGGCUUUUAGCUGCCUGGCUUCACCACUUGAGGGCGGGGAUAUCUUUGGUUUCCGAGCAACGGCAGAAGGGGAGGUGCUUGUGAGUCACAAUGGAGGAAGAGCCUGUCGAGAGAUCUCUGUGGAUAAUUCCACUCCUCUGUGGAUGAUCUUCGAGUUACAACCACAUAUUAAGCAAAUCAGUAUACUGGGCACUUCUUGUAGUUAUCCUCAAUCCUUUUCACAAAUUCAUCAGUCCAGUUUAAGUACCAGUCACCCCACAGCCAAUCAGAUCCACAUUACAGCAGUCAGGGGAUUGAUUGACAGCUCUCAGCCCCACCCACACAGCCUUAAUAGUUCUACAGGGACAAUAUCCAGCUCACCAUCCUCAGAAUCUCCCAAUAUCCUGCCAUGCUGUGCAGUUACUGGUGAUGAAUGUUUAAUUUGCUGUGAGAGUACUGUGGACUCGGUGCUGUACACGUGUGGACACAUGUGUGUAUGUUCUGUGUGUGGUGGGAAGCUAAGGGAGAUGUCAAAUCCCUCUUGCCCCAUGUGUCGCAGCCCAAUCAGAGACAUCAUCAAAAUAUAUCACAGCAUGUAAACUGGCAACCAAUUUAUAUUCAGAUAGUUCCAGAAUAUUUGGAUGGUUCAUAAAUCAGGCUCUUUACGUUUUUAUUUCUGGGGUCGUAGUCCAUUAUGAUUUCCCACAUUUCUCUGCUGUCAUGUAUUGACUGAUUAAAUCCCAGAGCCAGUAAGUAAAAGGUUCUUGGACUAACCUCUAAAAUAAUGUUUGUAUAACGUUAGGAUUAAUCAAAAUGAUGAUCAAAAUCUGCUAAAUUAAUCUAUUUGUGAAAUGUUUGACAAAAAAGUGGUUAGCAGAUCUUAAAACUGUACUAGAUUAAUUCCGUGUGACAUCUUAAGAACUUCAUACAAAUAAAUGUUCAUACAAUCAAAUGUACAUUUAUUUCUUUGAUAUUUUUACCAGUUA